UAAAAAAAUUCGUAGUCUUGUUUUUAAUUUUUCCUUUUUUCUUUUUGGAAAAUUAAAUCGUGUAUAUUUGAUUUCAUCGUUGUCGUCAAAUUUGCCACAAAAUUAAGUCUGGCGGUUAACGGCUUUUGAUUUCGAUUCUUCUCUGUUCAGCAGUUUCAAUUGAGGAGAAGUUACCUCUUUAACUGAAGAAGAAGAAAAGGAAGAGGAAGAAGAGAUUGGAAUUUAGGGCUUUUGGAUAGUGGAAUUUGAGGUGCCAGUAUUCCAGGGUUUUGGAAGUGUUGAAUUUUUGUGGCUGUGGUUGUGAGAGCAGCAAAUGAAUGAAUCAUGAUGACUGCGAUCAGGUGGGAUAGUUGUCGAUGGGCACCCCUGACAACAAACUAUCUGACUUUGUUGACAUAGUUAAGUCGUGGAUCCCUAGGAGGAGUGAACCACUGAAUGUGUCCAGGGAUUUUUGGAUGCCCGAUCAGAGUUGUAUGGUAUGCUACGAGUGUGACUCCCAAUUUACAGUAUUUAAUCGUAGGCAUCAUUGUCGACUUUGUGGCCGGGUUUUCUGUGCCAAAUGUACGGCAAACUCGGUUCCUGCCCCCUCUGAUAAGCCAAGAGCUAGUCGGGAAGAUUGGGAACGGAUUAGGGUAUGCAAUUACUGCUUCAAGCAAUGGGAGCAGGGGAUAGCAGCUGUUGAUAAUGGGACCAAAGCACCUUCUCCUGGUCUCAGUCCAUCACCAUCUGCAACAAGCUUGGCCAGUACCAGGUCUUGCUGCACCUGUAAUAGUAGUAGCAGCACUGUUGGUUCUACUCCGUAUCCAACUGGACCUUACCACCGUGUGAAUUAUAAUUCUGGUCUUAGUCCUUGUGAAUCUGUCCAGAUGAAUGCACCUGCUGAAAAAAACAAUGAGAUAUCUGGGAUGAGCACAAAUCCCAGUUCUGCCGUAGUAGAUUCUUCUUCAAACCAUUUUGGCUUUUGUGGUAACAGGAGUGAUGAUGAAGAUGAUGAUUAUGGUCUAUUUCGUUCAGAUUCAGAAUCAAGGCAUUAUGCUCACGAUGAAGAGUAUUAUGGUGCAAUCAAUAUUGAUGAAAUUGACCAUGUUUAUGGAUCAGAUAAAGUGCAUCCUGACGGAGAAAACGCCAAUGCAAAAUCUUUGAGUGGUUCCCCAUUAGCUGAGAAUUUCGAUGCACAAAGUGUGGAUGGAAUCAAGAAAUUUCAAGAAGUAAAUGAGCGAGAGAAUGCUGACGAGGGUGAAGCCCCAGCUUAUGAUGUGGAUGGUACAGAUGCUGAGCCUGUGGAUUUUGAGAACAAUGGUUUACUCUGGCUCCCUCCAGAGCCUGAGGAUGAAGAAGACGAAAGAGAAGCUGCUUUAUUUGACGAUGACGAUGAUGAUGAGGGUGCUACAGGGGAGUGGGGAUAUUUACGCUCUUCACAUAGUUUUGGCAAUCGGGAGUGCCGUAGUAGGGAUAAGACCAGUGAGGAGCACAGGAAGGUAAUGAAAAAUGUGGUGGAAGGGCAUUUUAGAGCUUUGGUAUCGCAGUUUUUGCAGGUUGAAAACCUCCCUGUAGGGGACAAGGAUGAUGGAGAGAGUUGGUUGGAUAUAAUCACAUCUUUGUCAUGGGAAGCUGCAACACUUCUGAAGCCAGAUACAAGCAAGGGAGGAGGAAUGGAUCCUGGAGGAUAUGUGAAAGUUAAAUGUCUAGCUUCCGGGUGCCGCAAUGAAAGUGCUGUGGUUAAAGGAGUUAUUUGUAAGAAAAAUGUGGCUCAUCGGCGAAUGACAUCAAAGAUAGAUAAACCUCGUUUUCUAAUACUUGGAGGAGCUUUGGAAUAUCAGCGUGUUUCUAACCACUUGUCAAGUUUUGAUACGUUGUUGCAACAGGAAAUGGACCAUUUGAAGAUGGCAGUUGCCAAAAUUGAUGCACAUCAUCCUAAUGUUCUUUUGGUGGAGAAAUCUGUGUCCCGGUAUGCUCAAGAGUACCUUCUUGCCAAUGACAUAUCACUUGUUCUCAAUAUUAAGAUGCCACUCUUAGAGCGUAUAGCCCGCUGCACUGGUGCUGAAAUAGUUCCAUCCAUUGAUCAUCUAUCAUCACCGAAGUUGGGUUAUUGCGAUGAGUUCCAUGUGGAGAAAUUUCUUGAGGAGCAUGGAAGUGCUGGGCAAGGUGGGAAGAAAUUGAAGAAGACUCUAAUGUUUUUUGAGGGUUGCCCAAAGCCUUUGGGUUAUACUAUUUUACUCAAGGGUGCCAAUGGAGAUGAAUUGAAAAAGGUGAAACAUGUUGUCCAAUAUGGAGUUUUUGCAGCUUAUCACUUGGCUCUUGAGACGUCAUUUCUAGCUGACGAAGGUGCCACGCUUCUGGAGGUCCCUUUAAAGUCUCCUAUAACUGUUGCCUUACCCGGUAAACCAUCUAGUUUUGACAGGUCUAUUUCCAUCGUACCUGGUUUUACCAUCCCAUUGUCUGGGAAGCCCCUGGCUUCUCAAUCUAUAAAUGAAUUGCUGAAAUCCAACAAAGUGGUUAUCUCAGAUAGACCAUCAUCUCCCAACAUUGAGCCCCCUUGCAAAUCUAUAGGGGCCAGUUCAUCUUGCUUGUCAAAAGGUCCUCAGGCUCUGACUACGUCCAAGGAAUCUGCCUCAGACUCUGUUGAAGCUAUUACUUCCUUGAAUUCACUCUCUGCUUCAAGGGAGGGUAUCUCUUCUUAUAACAAUGUUCCCUCCUUAAAUCAUGCAUUUGGCAAGAUCUAUGGAGUGGAUCCUAAAGAAUCUGUUCAGACCAAAAUAACUUGCAGUGGGGCAACUCUAAUGGGUGACCGGUUCAUUUCUUGUUGUCAAAGAUUAUCAGAAGGACCAGAGCAAGGUGGUGGCAGUAAUUAUGCUGGUGGCAGUAUGAUGGCUGCAAAUCAUCUAGAUAGUGCAGAGUUCACAUCCUCAAAACGGGAUCCCAGUAACAAUAAUGAAGAUGCAGGGUCCUCAAAGGAAGAGUUUCCUCCAUCACCUUCAGACCACCAGAGCAUUUUGGUGUCAUUAUCAACACGUUGUGUGUGGAAGGACACUGUGUGUGAACUGUCCCAUCUCUUUCGAAUCAAAUACUAUGGGAGCUUUGAUAAGCCUUUGGGGCGAUUUUUACGAGAUCAUCUGUUUGAUCAGAGCUUCUGUUGUCGAUCAUGUGAGAUGCCAUCUGAGGCACAUGUUCAUUGUUAUUAUCAUCGGCAAGGCAGCUUGACGAUAUCUGUUAAGAAACUACCAGAUCUUCCCUUGCCAGGAGAGCGGGAAGGCAAGAUUUGGAUGUGGCAUAGGUGCUUGCGAUGCCCUCGGACCAAUGGAUUCCCUCCAGCCACUCGAAGAGUUGUAAUGUCUGAUGCUGCUUGGGGUUUAUCCUUUGGGAAAUUUUUGGAGCUGAGCUUUUCUAACCAUGCAGCUGCUAGCAGAGUUGCAAGCUGCGGUCAUUCCCUUCACAGAGAUUGUCUUCGAUUCUAUGGUUUUGGGAGAAUGGUUGCUUGUUUUCAAUAUGCUUCCAUCGAUGUUCAUUCUGUUUAUCUUCCACCUUCAAAACUGGAAUUUAAUUAUGAUAAUCAGGAGUGGAUACAAAGUGAAGCAAACAAGGUGAGUAACAGGGCAGAAUUCCUAUUUAGCGAAGUGCAUAAUGCUCUUCAAAAGAUUUCAGAGAAAUUAUUAGGUUCAGGGUCCCUAGAUGGUGGCAUAAAGGCACCUGAAAGAAGAAUCUGUAUCGAAGAACUGGAAACCAUGCUGCAAAAAGAUAGAAAAGGAUUUCAGGAAUCUUUACAGGAAGUGCUUUUUAAGGAGGUGAAAGUUGGCCAACCUGUUAUUGACAUUCUUGAGAUCAAUAAAUUACGGAGGCAAAUGCUCUUUCUUUCUUAUGUUUGGGACCAAAGGCUGAUACAUUCAUAUAGUUCAAUUAACAAUAAUAUACAGGAAGUUAUGAGCAGUUCCAUCCCAAAGCUUGGAUUGAAGCCUGUAAGUUCUGUGGAGAACCUUGUAGGGAUGAAUGUGAGUCCCAAGCCAAGUAAAGUCCUUAGUAGUUGUGAUUCAGCCGUAGUUGAGAUCAAGGCUGAUAUAAGCAUAAAUCAAGGAGGCAAAAUUGGUGAAAUUAGCAAGCCAGGUGGAGAUCACAAAGAAAAGGGCAUGGAUCAGGACUUUAAUAACAGGAAGGAGGCUGAACCUUCUCUUUCUUCUAGUGCAAUUACCGGUGAGAAAUCUGAUUCUUUGGAAUCUGAAAAAGUUGUACGAAGGGCCCUGUCGGAGGGGGAAUUUCCAAUUAUGGCAAAUUUAUCUGACACCCUUGAGGCAGCAUGGACUGGCGAAAGUCACCCAGCUAGCAUAGUUCCUAAGGAGAAUGGUUACUCUGUUCCUGAUUCAGUCAUGGAGGAUAUGUCAACUGCGGUAAAUUCGGAUCUGGGUAAUCAUGCUAGUGAUCAUGGUGAAGUGGAAGUGGGUUGUUCUCCUCAGUCUGCUUUGCCUACUAAGGGACUUGAAAGUAUGGAGAAGUCUAUGAGCUGGGCAAGCAUACCAUUUCCAAAUUUCUACGACUCAUUUAGUAAGAAUUCUUCAUUCAAUGCUCAAAAGCUCAGUAUCAACGAGUAUAAUCCAGUCUAUGUCUCAUCGUUUAGGGAUUUGGAAAGACAAAGUGGUGCCAGGCUGCUGCUUCCUAUUGGUGUUAAUGACACAGUAGUGCCUGUUUAUGAUGAUGAGCCCACUAGUAUUAUAGCAUAUUCUCUUGUCUCAUCAGAUUAUCAUUCACUGAUGUCUGAGUUGGAGAGACCAAAAGAUGCUGUAGAUUCUGCUGUUUCAUCGUCACUUUUUGAUUCAGUGAAUCUGCUCUCACUUAAUUCUUUUAAUGAGUUAUCUUCUGAUUCUUUCAGAAGUUUUGGAUCUGGUGAUGAUGGUAUCUUGUCGUUGUCUGGGUCACAUAGCUCCCUGGUUUCUGACCCUCUCUCGUACACAAAGAAUAGGCCUGCCAAAGUUUCUUUUACAGGUGAUGGCACCCUUGGGAAGGUGAAGUUUUCCGUAACUUGUUAUUAUGCAAAGCGGUUUGAGAGCUUGAGGAGGACUUGCUGCCCUUCUGAGCUGGAUUUUAUACGGUCUCUCAGUCGUUGUAAGAAGUGGGGUGCCCAAGGUGGCAAGAGCAAUGUCUUCUUUGCAAAAACUUUAGAUGAUCGAUUUAUCAUCAAACAAGUUACAAAGACAGAACUAGAAUCAUUCAUCAAGUUUGGACCAGCUUAUUUCAAUUAUUUGUCUGAUUCAAGAAGCCCAACUUGCCUGGCAAAGAUUUUGGGCAUAUAUCGGGUUUCAUCAAAGUACCUUAAAGGAGGGAAGGAGUCAAAAAUGGACGUUUUGGUGAUGGAAAAUCUCUUCUUCAGGCGUAACGUUACAAGGAUUUAUGACCUUAAAGGAUCUUCUCGAUCAAGGUAUAAUCCUGAUACAAGUGGCAGCAACAAAGUUCUUCUGGAUCAGAAUUGGAUUGAAGCAAUGCCGACUUCUCCAAUUUUUGUUGGAAGCAAGGCGAAGCAGUUGUUGGGGAGGGCUGUCUGGAAUGACACAAACUUUCUUGCUUUAAUUGAUGUAAUGGACUAUUCAUUACUGGUUGGUGUGGAUGAGGAAAAGCAUGAGCUUGUUAUUGGAAUAAUUGAUUUCGUGAGGCAAUACACAUGGGACAAGCAUCUUGAAACUUGGGUGAAGACCUCGGGCAUCCUUGGUGGGACUAAAAACACAUCUCCGACUGUGAUCUCGCCCCAUCAGUACAAGAAACGAUUCAGAAAAGCUAUGACUACUUAUUUUCUCAUGGUGCCAGAUCAGUGGUCUCCUCCGCCAUCUGCUCCUAGUGGGUCGCAGACAGACCUUUGUGAAGAAAAUACUGAAGGUGGUAAUUCUAUUGAAUGAUAAUGUGGAUCCUUUUGCCUGUAUAUGUCAUGAUGUAAGUUCAAUACCCCUUCUCUCUCUAUUCCUUCUCUUCUUUUUAAUUUCAUUUUUUCCUAUCUUUUUUUCUUCCAUCCAAUUACAUUUGUUAAAUGGCUGCCACAUUUUAUCAUCAUCAAUAUAUGCAACUGUUAAUUUA